UUGCAGAUUUGUGAACAUGUACGAAAGAAAGAUCAAUCCUCUAACAACAGAAGAUUGAUUUUGCAAAGUUUAUCAAACAAGUAAACUGAAGGAGUUUUACCAUGGGACUCCAGUGGUUUUUAUUGUUGAUGUUCUGUUUUCUGUGUGACUGGUUGUUUACAAAUGGCGACGGUAGUUUACAAGAAAUUAAUGGUACCGAAUUACUUGAUCAAAUUAAAAAGGACCAAAUGGCUGAACUGGUUGUGAAAGGGAUUACAACUGCUACAGAAAAUAAUACGAAUAUUAUGGCCGCGGUAACACCACGAGCGCGAUUACAACAUGCCGCAUCAUUAACAGCAAUAGCACGGGUAACAAAAGUGGUACCUCUACAAACAUCAGCGCGGCAAGUUGUUCUUGCUUCAACUGCUCAACAGCAGUUAAAACAGGAACGUCGUGGCUUUCAGACUUCCAAUGAGUUUGCUGCUCGUUCGUCACCACUUCAGACACUCGCCAGGCUCGAUGAGUUUGACAAAGCUGAAAACACUCAUUUCCUUUAUUACAUCGUUGUAUUUGGUGCCAUUAUUCUUUGUAUAUACGUUGCCUCGCAUAACAAAAAGAAGAUUCUUGGCUUCAUUAUUGAAGGGCAUAGACCUCCAAACAAUACACGACGAGCACCUCUUCGUUAUAGACGUUUGAACCAGUAUGAUGAUAAUGGAUCUGUCCCUACGAAUGUGAUUUAUUAGUAUUAAUUAGACAAAUUUGUUCAAAACAUUUGCAUGAAACUUGGAAUAAAUCAUACUUCCCUCAUACUGUCUUAAGUUCCUUUUAGAAAACAUAACAUCCAAUUUCUUUUGACUUUCACGCUGACACUUUAAAUUAUUCAGACAUGAUCAUUAAAUCCCUGGAAGUGCCUUUCUCGUGCCAUUUGGUAGUUUUCAUUGUACAUUAAAGGUUUGAUGGUUACAACUUCAUCUAUGUUAUAACUUUUUUGGACCGGUGCCGUUAUGUUUCCUUCGUUUUCUGAUAUUUACUCAAAGCAGUCUUCGUUUACACUGUUUUCAUUGCUUUGUAGCUUGUGAGAUCUCAGUCAUCAUUAUUUUAAUCAUUUCUUUCAUAAAUUUUCGUUUACCCUCAGGGUUUCAUAUUCAUCAGUGUUCGGUUCUUUUCAACGUAAAUAUACUUUUUGUUCCUUUUGCUAAAAGGCUGCGACUAUAGCCUUUUGUACCAAAACAAUUUUUCGUGGAAGUCCUUCUUUUUGUAUAUAACAUUGCUAAUUUGCUGAAUGAUAUCAUCAGACCUUACCACCCAUUGUAGUUAAUUUUGAAAACAAUAUGUAAAUUAC